UGCCGCUCUAUUACAGUAUACACAAUAUGUCCGACGAUGAGUACGUGAAGGCGAUGGAGAUCCAAAGACGCAACUUCGAGGCCCAGUUUGGGUCUUUGGAGGAUAUGGGCUUUGAAGACAAAUCCCGAGUGGAUGCGGAAGACGAAUCUGUCGGCGAAGACUCCGAGGAGGGUGAAAGAGAAGCCGCCUGGGAAAACGAUAGUGACAAUGUCAGCGAGGGUGAGUUUGCCUCCGAGUUGAGUGCUUCGGAAGAAGAGAGCACACCGGUAGUAGUGAAAUUCUCCGAGGCUUCGUCGUUCGACUUCCAGCCCGUCAUGUCGAAGAAGGACGAAAAGCUCGCCCGGAUGGGAAAGAUUCCGUCGUUGGAGAUGGCACGGGUGAAGGCGGAGUACUUGGCCCAGAAACAGGCCAAGUUCCGGACCCAGACCAAGGAGGAACUCGACAACGUGGAGAAGGACGUGGCGUUGCAGCGUUUGUUGUCUGAGUCGCACAUUUUGGCCAACAGUGCGCCCCAGUACUCCGGUGCAGAAUUGACAAUGCAAACUAUUGACUACGAAAUGCCAAUUGGGAAGGCCAGAAAGCGCACCUUGGACUCGCGUUUGCAGACAGUGGCCGCGAGCAACGGUAAAAAUGAGGGUGGGCCGUCCAAAUUGGAGAAGAUGCCGAUGCACAUGCGUAAGGGGAUGGUGACGUCGCAGAUCCGCAAGAUCGAAAAAUACGAGCAGGAGGCGAAGGACGGUGGAAUCAUCUUGUCCAGAGUAAAGAAAGGCGAGUUCCGUGACUUAAAGAGAGGAAUUGGCUCAACGUCUGUCACCGACAGAAUCGGGAAAGGGGUCAAGAAGCCACAGAAGCUCAGAGACAGAGGCUUGAAAAUUCACAGUGUAGGGAGAAGCACCAGAAACGGUAUCGUUAUCUCUAAGGAGGAAAUCGCCAAGUACAACGCACCAGACCGAUCCAAGGGCAAGAGUGGUAGGGGCGGUAGUCGUGGGGGCAGCAGCAGAGGUGGUGGUAGAGGUAGCAGCAGAGGCGGUGCUAGUAGAGGUUUCCCCACCCCCGGUGGCCGUGGGGGAAGACGCUAGGUUUGUCUGAUUUGUGAUUAUAGUGUAUAUUAAAACGUUAAAAAGGUGUCUUGUUUGUAGGAAUGCAGAGCUUAGCUGCUGAAAAGAGGCUUGUGUAUGGUGAAUUGAAUCAAUGGUG